UGGCCGGCGGCGCUGCGAGCGGCUUGUUGUGCGCGCUGCGGAGCCGUUACCCUCCCGCUGCACAGGCCCUGCCGAGCCGGCCGCAGCAGCGAGCUGUGGUGUCUCUCCAAGCCUUCAGGGAUGGAUUUCCAGGUACCUGACUUGUGCUGGUGAAUGAGUUGGAUGCUGCUCCCUCCUCCUGUUGCUUCACAUGCCUUCCUGUCCCAUCCAAACAAGUGUGCCAGCUGCUGAUCCAAGGAUGGAGCGAUGUGUGGGGCAGUUGUUGUCAGCAUGUGUCUGGAUUCCGAAGUUCGUUAUCUCCACUUCUUGCCUCCUGCAAGCGUCCUGUGCACAGGAAAGGGGCUCUUCCCUCACAGCUGUCUCCAGAGGUUGUUUUUUUUGUAGGUGAAAAAUUGCCAGAGGAAAUUGUUGGACAGUUUGACGCUGUUUCAAACAAAGGAGAUAAUAAUUUCUUGUUUUGUAUCAUUUUAUUGUAAACCUGUCCUUUUUAAAAUACCGGUGUGGAAGGUGGGAUGCUGUCAGCUGCAAGACAUCCGCCGGAGAUCUUUGUUAUGGAGCCAUCAGCAUCUUUGACCCAGGGACAAAACAACUGUGGAAGGAGUUGACGUGAAGCUCUGAGCUUUGUCGCCUGCUCUCUCUGUCUAUUCACCUUGGAAAUGGGGAAUCUCGGCUGGAGCUGCACAUGUGGAGUAUCUUGAGCUGCAGGAUUUCCAGCUGGCCUUUGUUCGGCCGGAUCAAGCGGAGCUGGUGUCGGGCGCCCUGAUCCCCCACCACGCUCAAGAGCUGUGGCCGGUCCGUACUUAUUUCUGACAGCGUCCUAACGAUGAUUAAUUCUGCUCCUGUGAAUUGUGUAGAGUUCAUCAGCCUGAUGAUAAAAUGAGGUCGUUCCUCUGAAGAAUGCAGCUUAUUUUUUUGCUUCAAAUACUUCUAUCUCUAACAAGAUAAGGAUUGGCAAAAACAUUUAGCUUGAUGUUAUUAUAUGGACGUGAAUAAAAAACAGUGAGAGAAGCAUAUAAAAACUUUUUAGACAAAUCUUACUCUAAACAAUAUGUGAAACUACUUUGUUAAAGUAUUAAAAUUAUGAUAGUUGAGACCCGUUAGACUAGUAAUAUGCUUAAAACUAAGUUUAUGGCCAAUGUUAUAAACCAAAACAAAAAAAGAGCUUAAAAUAUCUUGUACUAGAAAUCAUUGAUUUAGCAUGUGGAAAUAGUUUGAAAUGCAGUAGCAGAUUUCAGUAACGGCCACUUCUGGUGCAGAGAUAUUUUUAUUGUCAGAACGGCCAAAAACGUUGGAAUUUUAAAUGUAGUCACACUAAGGAGAAAAAGGGCAGUGUCUUCAUUCCGGGUUUGCAAAGGGGGAGAAGAAUCAAUAAAAAGGUGAGAUCUGAAUAAUCUGAAGGCAGAAAGGAUCUAUUUGUUUGCCAGAUUUACAAACGUCACCUGGAUAUCAGUGUGGAAGGAACAUAUGUGUAUAAGUUAAGCGACUUCUGUGGCUUAAUGCUCAAGAGUUUCAGUGUCAAAGAAUCUUCCCAUCUAAGGACAAACCCUUUUUCCAAGUGACCUCCGUUAGCAUCUGUAGUGGACUUUGUUUCAUUCUUGGGGGAGGAAAGAACACAAAUGCCAAAUGGAGCAAUUUGACUGCUGAAUUUGAAUUUCUCCUGUUUGCUGAUUUAAAAUAUUGUGGCUGCAGGGCAGAGGGAUUCGUGUGAAACGGCUGCGUGGGAGAGAAUACUGAUCGCUGUGGGACAAUAAAAAGAGCAGUAGGGUAAAAGUACCAUUGGGAAGGAUGAAUCUGUGACACCUCACGUUAAACCUUUGUUUUCAUCUGUACCCAAACACACUUCAAGCUCAGGACAACGACUGUUUCAACGAAACACAAGAUUCAUGCUCGUGAAAUGGAGUAGCUGCCAGUCAGCCCGAGCCAGCGUUACAGGCAAGAAAAGAUAUAAUAUAAAAUGUCUAAUGGUUAUGAAGAUCACAUGGCUGAAGAUUGCAGGGAUGAUAUCGGUAGGACAAAUUUAAUUGUGAACUACCUCCCUCAGAACAUGACGCAGGAUGAGUUACGGAGUCUAUUUAGCAGUAUCGGCGAAGUGGAAUCUGCAAAACUUAUUCGAGACAAAGUUGCAGGACACAGCUUAGGCUACGGCUUCGUGAACUACGUUACUGCGAAAGAUGCUGAAAGAGCAAUAAACACACUGAACGGCCUCAGACUCCAGUCAAAAACCAUCAAGGUUUCCUAUGCUCGCCCAAGUUCUGAAGUUAUCAAGGAUGCUAAUUUAUAUAUUAGUGGACUGCCAAGGUCAAUGACACAGAAAGACGUAGAAGAUAUGUUUUCACGUUUUGGACGCAUCAUCAACUCGCGUGUGCUCGUGGAUCAAACCACAGGUUUGUCCAGAGGGGUCGCAUUUAUCCGCUUUGACAAAAGGUCAGAAGCAGAAGAGGCAAUUACAAAUUUCAAUGGUCACAAACCCCCAGGUUCCUCCGAACCCAUUACGGUGAAGUUUGCAGCCAACCCCAACCAGAACAAAAACGUGGCCCUGUUGUCGCAGCUGUGUCACUCGCCCGCUAGACGGUUCGGAGGGCCCGUGCACCACCAGGCGCAGAGAUUCAGGUUCUCUCCUAUGGGUGUAGAUCACAUGAGUGGGCUUUCUGGUGUAAAUGUUCCAGGAAACGCAUCUUCUGGCUGGUGUAUCUUCAUCUACAACCUGGGUCAAGAUGCUGAUGAGGGAAUCCUCUGGCAGAUGUUUGGCCCCUUUGGUGCGGUUACCAAUGUGAAAGUUAUUCGAGAUUUCAACACCAACAAGUGCAAAGGUUUUGGUUUUGUGACCAUGACAAACUAUGAAGAAGCUGCAAUGGCCAUAGCAAGUCUUAAUGGCUACCGCCUGGGGGACAAAAUCUUACAGGUUUCCUUCAAAACCAACAAGUCCCACAAAUAACUUGCUCGUGCUUUUUGUAUGGAGUAGAUAAUGGAGUGACAGAAGUUGAAACCUUUUUGUUAGUGUAAAACUCAUUUUGCGCCAAUUUUCACAAGUGUUUGUCUUAGUCUAAAUGAGAAGUGAAAAAGGUUUUAUAUUCUGGGAUGCAACUGACAUGUUCAAAUGUUUGAAAUCCCACUAUGUUAGACCAAUUUUAAGUUCCUUUAAGUUAUUUCAUUUGAAAACAUGUUAAAAAUCCCCUGAAAUCUGAAGUAGAUUGCAUUACCUAGACCCUCUGGAUGGUGGUAAAAUUGAAGCAUGCUUUCACUUAUGAGACUAACAUUUGCUCCAUUGAAUGUUGUCUGCAAAAACUGGAAUUUCCUGAAAAAUAUCAGGCUGAAUUCAUUAGUUUUGUUGUUUUUCUGUUGUUUUCCCCUGCCCUUUCCUCCCCCAACUCGGUAGCGUGGAAGAAAAUGCUCAUGUUUUAGUUGCCAGUAAAUCGUUUGAUCAAUUGAUACUCAUUGCUACGUGUAGAGUUGAGGAUGAGCCUGUUGAAAGUCAAGGUCUUGUAAGUAGCAGCAUGCCGGCAUAACUUUAACACCAUUGGGAGGUAAGUUGCACACGGAGCAGCGGCCGAGCUGCCGCCUUCAAAGGUUUUAGAAACACGAGACUUUUAAAGCCCAUUUUCUGAUAGGAAUGGACCAAAGAGUUUCAAAGAAACUCCGGGAAGAUUUCAGAGUCAAAAUGAAACUCCAAAAAGAGUGUGAAUAUAUGUCGCUACUUUAUCAAACCGAACCUCUUCUGUCCAAAUAUUUAAUGCAUGGUGCACUACUUACUGGUACAUUAUAACGCAGCAAGAUACUUACUCAUUUUCGAAGAUCAUUGUAGUUUGAAUUCCUUUGGUAGUUCUGUUUUGUAAAGAAAAACCAAUUAUAAACAUUUGAGCAUUGUAUUUCUCGCAUCCCUUCUAAUGAGUGCUAGACUUUUCUAUUUUAAUAGGAUUUUGUUUUGACGACUAGCUUUACUUAUUGAACACUCAGCAGAAAAGUACUUACGACUUGCAAGUUAGGUAUUAACAAAACCCCCUUUGAUUUGUAGAUUUAAAGAUGAAUCCCCCAAGUUUUCUGCAGACUGCCUUGAAACUUUGAGUUGUUCUGUUUCUGUUAAUUUUCUUUUGCUUUUUUGUGUUUUUUGUUUUGUUUUUACUUUUGCAUUUAAGACAUUAAAUUUGAUUUUGUUUUGCUCAAA